AAAAUCGCAAGAUCCGUAUAAACCAUUCAAAACACAAUCAACGAAGUUAAAGAGAAGAUGUCACUAAUUCUGAUAUUCUUUGGUGGAAGAAGGAGCAACGUUUUCGAUCCAUUCUCCCUUGAUGUUUGGGAUCUAUUCAAAGAUUUUCCAUCCUCCCAUUCCUUCCCUGAAAAUUCAUCAUUCGUGAGCAUAUGUGUGGACUGGAAGAAGACUCUAGAAGCGCACGUGUUCAAGGCAGAUCUUCCUGGACUGAAGAAGGAAGAAGUGAAAGUCGAGAUUGAAGAUAAUAGUGUUCUUCAGAUAAGCGGAGAGAGAAACGUUGAGAAAGAAGAUAAGAACGAUCAAUGGCAUCGAGUGGAGCUUAGCAGUGGAAAAUUCAUGAGAAGGUUUAGAUUACCGGAGAAUGCUAAAAUGGAUCAAAUCAAAGCAAACAUGGAGAAUGGUGUUCUCACUGUAACAGUCCCUAAACAAGAAGUGAAGAAACCUCAAGUCAAGACCAUGGAUAUCUCUGGCUAAAUCAAAAUCGAGUUCUGUUACUCUAUUUCUCGUUUUAGAAUGGUCCUCUUGUUUGCUUUUAUUCUACUGCCUGCGUGUUUUGUGUAAUUAUGUAAUGUGUUACUUAAUUUCAAAAAAUUUAUGUGAAUAAACACCCCCGUUUAUAGUAA